AUGCAACUUAGCGUCUCGCUCAAUGUAAGUGCCGACGAGACACAGGUUCAUCCAGCUCGUGAAGAGGUGGCCAAGAAAGCGGAAGCCAAAAGCGGAAAUCUGGAGCAGAAGAUGCAGCUCAUGGACUUGAUCUCUGAAAGAGAGUCAUUGUUGCUGGAGAAGACAAAGUUGCUUGAAAAUCUGAGGGUGGAACGAGAAAAAUUGUACAGGAUGGAAGCCAGUCAAAUGCAGAUGCAGGCCGAAUCGCAGCGUUUCAGGGCUGAAAACCUAACUCUACAAGAACGCUUGAAGCAGCUCAAAGACGAAGUGGAUCAACAGAAGGCUGCCAGUGUACCUGCCAACCAGAUGGAUGCUCUCCAGAAGGAAUGA